CGGCGGCGCGCGGGGCGCGGGUGGGGCGCGCGCUCGGGCGGCGGCGGCGCGCGGGAGGGGGGGGCUGCCCCGGGGCGGCCCCCCCACGUCGGGGCGCUGCGGGCGGCGGCGGCGGCGGCGGGAGCGCGUCCCGUCCGGGGCCCGAGGAGCCGCCGCCGCUCGCCAACAUGGCGGACCUGGAGGCCGUGCUGGCCGAUGUCAGCUACCUGAUGGCCAUGGAGAAGAGCAAGGCCACCCCGGCCGCCCGCGCCAGCAAGAGGAUCGUCCUGCCCGAGCCCAGUAUCCGGAGCGUGAUGCAGAAAUAUCUUGAAGAGAGAAAUGAAAUAACCUUUGACAAGAUUUUCAAUCAGAAAAUCGGUUUCUUGCUAUUUAAAGAUUUUUGUUUGAAUGAAAUUAAUGAAGCUGUACCUCAGGUGAAGUUUUAUGAAGAGAUAAAAGAAUACGAAAAGCUUGACAAUGAGGAAGAUCGCCUUUGUAGAAGUCGACAGAUUUACGAUGCCUAUAUCAUGAAGGAGCUGCUUUCCUGUUCCCACCCUUUCUCAAAGCAAGCUGUAGAACACGUACAAAGUCAUCUCUCCAAGAAACAAGUGACAUCAACUCUUUUUCAGCCAUACAUAGAAGAAAUUUGUGACAGUCUUCGAGGUGACAUUUUUCAAAAAUUUCUGGAAAGCGACAAGUUCACUAGAUUUUGCCAGUGGAAAAAUGUCGAAUUAAACAUCCAUCUGACCAUGAAUGAUUUCAGUGUGCACAGGAUUAUUGGACGAGGAGGAUUUGGUGAAGUAUAUGGUUGCAGGAAAGCAGACACUGGAAAAAUGUAUGCAAUGAAAUGCUUGGAUAAGAAGAGAAUCAAGAUGAAACAAGGAGAAACAUUAGCCUUAAAUGAAAGGAUUAUGUUGUCUCUUGUCAGUACGGGAGACUGUCCUUUCAUUGUUUGCAUGACCUACGCCUUCCACACGCCAGACAAACUCUGCUUCAUCCUGGACCUGAUGAACGGAGGUGACUUGCAUUACCACCUCUCGCAGCACGGAGUGUUCUCAGAGAAGGAGAUGCGGUUUUACGCCACGGAAAUCAUCCUGGGGCUGGAACACAUGCACAAUCGGUUUGUUGUUUACAGAGAUUUGAAGCCAGCAAAUAUCCUCUUGGAUGAACACGGACACGUAAGAAUAUCAGAUCUGGGUCUCGCCUGUGAUUUCUCCAAAAAGAAGCCGCACGCGAGUGUUGGCACCCAUGGGUACAUGGCCCCCGAGGUGCUGCAGAAGGGGACAGCCUACGACAGCAGUGCUGACUGGUUCUCCCUGGGCUGCAUGCUCUUCAAGCUUCUGAGAGGUCACAGUCCUUUCAGGCAACAUAAAACCAAAGAUAAGCACGAGAUAGACCGAAUGACACUCACCGUGAAUGUGGAACUUCCAGAAACCUUCUCUCCCGAACUGAAGUCACUUUUGGAGGGCUUGCUCCAGAGAGACGUCAGUGUGCGGCUGGGCUGUCACGGAGGCGGUGCACAGGAAGUAAAACAGCACACCUUUUUCAAAGGCGUUGACUGGCAGCACGUCUACUUGCAAAAGUACCCGCCACCCCUGAUUCCCCCCCGGGGAGAAGUCAACGCUGCUGACGCCUUUGACAUAGGCUCAUUUGAUGAAGAGGAUACCAAAGGCAUUAAGCUGCUUGAUUGCGACCAAGAGCUCUACAAGAACUUCCCUUUGGUAAUCUCUGAACGCUGGCAGCAGGAAGUGGCGGAAACGGUUUACGAAGCAGUAAAUGCAGACACAGAUAAAAUCGAGGCCAGGAAGAAGGCUAAAAAUAAGCAACUUGGCCACGAAGAAGAUUACGCUCUGGGAAAAGACUGCAUCAUGCACGGGUACAUGUUGAAACUGGGAAACCCAUUUCUGACUCAGUGGCAGCGUCGCUAUUUUUACCUCUUUCCAAACAGACUUGAAUGGAGAGGAGAGGGGGAAUCUCGGCAAAAUUUACUGACAAUGGAACAGAUUCUCUCUGUGGAAGAAACUCAGAUUAAAGACAAAAAAUGUAUUUUGUUCAGAAUAAAAGGAGGGAAGCAAUUUGUCUUGCAAUGUGAGAGUGACCCGGAGUUUGUGCAGUGGAAGAAGGAGUUGACGGAAACCUUCACGGAGGCCCAGCGGUUACUGCGUCGGGCGCCAAAGUUCCUCAACAAACCUCGCUCCAACACAGUGGAGCUCUCAAAGCCACCCCUCUGCCACAGAAACAGCAACGGCCUCUAGCACCCAGCUGCACGGGAGGUCCCCGAGGGGUCCAGCCGGCGACCUUCAGCCCUUUGAACAGAGCCUCUGGCCAAGCGUGGGGACCCAGCGUCUGACGCGGUGGCCGCCGGGCCCUUCCGUGGUGGCAGCACACGGAGACGCUCCCAUCGGGAGUCGGGACCCUUCUGGGACCCGGGGUCAGCCUGGUCCCCUGCCCGGUGGCAUCCGCCCACGUGGGAAACUACUGAAGAAACGAAAGUCCUUUUCCUUUGCUAGACGCUUACUUUGGUAUCUGUGAACCUAGAACUCGACAUGAUUCCUACUCACCACUUAAAUUUUUAUGUCUGAUAUCCAGCACUUCUUCAACUUUCCCAGGACGGCGUUUAACCGUCGUCAGUGUUGGGUGACAGAUGGCCCUAAGCGUUGCCGUGUUUUAUCUGGAAACAGCCACUGCUGGUUUUAUAUCUAUCUUUGCUCCAUGCUACUGGGGGUGUCUCUUUUGUGCACUUUACGACUGACUUCUGGUGGUCCUGGGGUUAAGGGCUGAAGGUGUUUUCUGAGGAGGUGGCACUCAGGGCCUCCUCCGUGAGUCACCCGGCCUGUGACCUGUCCAUCGCGGGGUGCUCACAGCCAGGUGGGAGUGACGGGACCGUGCUCCCAAAGUGCGCGGGGCUACCCGUCCUGGAAGGCAUUCGUCCAUCGGGCCUGGGGAAGGUUUGCAGGGAUUGUGAAGGGGAGGCAGUGGUGGUCUAGAUUUCAGGGAGAAUAGCAGUCUUCGAAAAUCCUCAAGUCUGGCGCGCUCAGCACCUUUUCCGUGCCUGGUGUGCACACACGCUUGUGGGGGAGUCCGGCUCGGGGUCGGGGUCGGGGUGGGGGGUCUCAACAACCUGCAGUCGUGUGUGACAGUCAUUCCGGUCCCUUCUGCCUGACCCCAGGAAAAUAUCAGUAAUGGAUGUGCAAAAAAAAAAAAAAGGUCUGUUUUACAUUUUAGUAUAAUUUCAAAUGAAUUUUAUUGAAAAAAGAAGGCUGAAGAAUGAAUGUGUGGCAGCGGGUUCACUGUGUGCAUUGGCUUUCUGACUCACCUUGUCACUCGUCUGUCAUUAACGAGUACUUUGCACCGGGCUGUCGCGGGACAGAGACGACCUUAGAGUGUAAGGGCUUUUCUGCCUAAUCCUAGCAGCAUCCCCUGCUGACGUCUGUUUUGCACACUGUCCCCCUGCCCUGCCGGUGCCCCAGAUAGAUGCUGGGUUAUGAGAACCAGUGAAGUCCCCCAUGUCAUCAGACUACAAAAACAAUAAUUUUAAAAGUCCACAUAUUUGUCCUAUUCCUGGUGUAGUUUUAUUGUAUGUCUUUAAAUUGACUACUAACAAUAUAAAUAACUUGACAUCCUAA